AUGAGAUUGAAGCUUUUCUUUAUGUGUUAUCUUUGGUUUUUCCUCUUAGAAGAUGGUGUUAAAAUCAGAUUUGACAGUGCUGUAGUUUCAAUGUAAAAGAUGCCGCCUGCAUUGCAACUUGCCACCCUCUGUAUCGUGCGGUUCGCCCAGCCUCAAGUGAAAACAAGAGACCACAACCGCAGACACAGGUGUGCAGAAGCAUGUACGCAUCGUGUGAGUAAGUGUGCAAAAGGGCCUCAUCUUCAAUUUACUUGUGUGUCAAUGGGUUUUAGACCUUGAUUUGUGUGUGAUUUAUAAGUUAUUUAAAAAAUAUUCCAAUUAAAAUAUGAAUGUAGCUGUAAAUAUAAUAUGCAGCUGAUGGUUAGUGGUUGCUGAGCACUUCCAGAUAAUGAUCUAUGCAGUGUGUGUCUUUGAGCAAUCAGUGUCUUUUUCUAAAGAAAGUGAUUUACAUGAACCAUUUACAUGUCAUGCUUUACACCUCAGCUGCAACUUCUCAUGUAUUUCCUUUAAUACAAAAUGUAUUUUGCUAACGUUGCAUUUUUACAUACACACACUUGAUUUUUGCAAAUUACACACAAAAAUGAUUUUACGAAAAUAUUGUAGUAAGUAUACUUUAAUAUAAUUGAGUAUAUUUGUAACUUUUUCCCUGAAAACCCAAACCUGAAGAAAUGGGAAGAUGUCACAUCUCACAGUUGUAUCAUAAUUAUUGAUGUUAUUGCUGUUUGAACUGAUCUAAUCUACAUAUUUGAAUCAACAAUACACUGUCGUGCCAAUAAUUGCAAGUUUAAAGUCUAUGGUUUUCUCACAUGAUACUGAGGAGAAAAAAGACGUCAGUGAGGAAGUUCUGUCUUUCAUUUCAACAAAGGGAAACCACCAUCAAACAGAGAGACAUUCAGCCCUCUGUGUUCAGCGGCUCUACCUCCAGCGCUCGGCUCUCAGUCAACAUGAGGUAUCUUCCAAACCUUCUGCCAGCUGUGCUGAUAUGGUUAAUGCAUUUUAAGUGUUGCCUGUUUCAAUAUGAAGAGAACACAACCAGCUAUGCAGAAAAGACCAUCUUUCUGAACUAUGACUAUGAAAACUUCACUAUGGACUAUGGAAACUUCAGUGUGGAUUAUAGUGAAUAUAAUAACUACUGUGUGAAAGAAUCCAACCGCCAGUUCCGCCGCUGGUUCAUGUCCACCUUCUACUCCAUCAUCUUCUUCCUAGGGCUGACAGGGAACCUCCUGGUCAUCCUCACCUUCUUCUACUUCAGGCGUCUCAAGACCAUGACGGAUGUGUUCCUGCUCAACCUGUCCUUUGCGGACCUUCUCUUUGCUCUGUCACUCCCUUUUUGGGCAGCCAACUCCAUGGCAGAAUGGGUUCUGGGCCUGCUGGUGUGCAAAGCCAUGCACACCAUUUAUAAGGUCAGCUUUUACAGCAGCAUGUUCAUUCUCUCUUUCAUUAGCGUGGAGCGCUACUUCGUCAUCGCCAAGGCCGUCUCCGCUCACCGCUACCGCUCCAAGGCUGUGUUUCUCAGCAAGGUGUCAUCAGCUGCCAUCUGGGUGAUGGCACUGAUCUUCUCAAUACCAGAAAUGAGGUACACCACCGUCAAUAACAAAACCUGCACCCCUUACUCCAGCAACUCUGACAAGCUGCGCAUCAGCAUCCAGUCGACCCAGAUAGUUUUGGCCUUUGCUCUCCCGCUCCUGAUAAUGAGCAUCUGUUACAGCAGCAUUAUCCAGACCCUUUCAAAGGCUCGGAGCUUUGAACGCAAUAGGGCCAUCAAGGUGAUUCUCGCCGUGGUGGCCGUCUUCCUGGUCUGCCAAGUACCUUAUAACCUGGUUUUAUUUUUGAACACAGUGGUCACAGCACAAGGAAGAGUGGUUGACUGCGACUUUGAGAACAAUCUCCUCUACGCAACCGAUGUGACCCAGUGCGUGGCCUUCCUGAGGUGCUGCCUGAACCCCUUCGUCUACGCCUUCAUCGGUGUGAAGUUUCGUCACGACCUCCUGAAGCUAAUGAAGGAAUUGGGUUGCAUGAGCCAGUCGAGGUUCGUCAGGUAUAAGUACGGCAGGAGGAGGAGUUCAGGGGCCACAGAGACUGAGACCACCACCACGUUCUCUCCUUGAAGCUCUUUCAGCAUGGACAUCUGCCUAUUCACACCUGCACAGCUCACAUUGGACAAUUAGAUAAAAGUCUAAACACAUCAAGGUUAUUUGACAUGUAAAUAGCCAAGUUUAUCAUAGAAUUAAUUAAUUACAUGUAUGUGGGGUUUGGUUGUUGUUGUUUUUGUUGUCUAUUUGUUGUGUUUAUUUUGUCAAGGCUUUGAUUAUUUGCUUGGCUACAGUGCACAGUAUUUUGAUGAAAUCCAUUGUGUGAAUGAAAAAUCAUGUUUUUCCUAACUUUUGACUCGACAGUGGAAGUGCACCAAAUCAUGUACAUGAAAUCUCUGUUCUGUAUCGUGUUGUUUAAUAGGUGUUAUGAAACACAAUAAAGUUUGAUGGAAUAACC